AAAAAAAAAUCUGUAUUCAAUACGUUUGACUCGUCUACGAUAAUUUGGUUAACAUGAACUGGUAACAUUAAAUAUAUUCAAUAUUUUUAACAAGUAGCCCACACAUUUUAUGAAUAUGACAAAAAACGUAAAGCAUGGAAAAUAUCGCUUCAUAUUUAGCGUUGCGAUUUAGUUUAAAUGAAACCUUAAGUAAUAUAAACUGUAACGCCCCUCACUUCGGCAAAAGCGAAAGCGAAACUUUUAACUAAACAUUCGAGGUUGCCAUAUCACGUGAAGCUAUUGGAGGCUGAAGAUGACUACCGAGGAGUUCUCCCUCAUUAAUGGCGAGUCGUUGGGAACCUUGGAGAACAUACAGAAGGAGAUCAACAAAUACAAGAAUCAAUAUGACGCUUUAGUCAAAGAUCAAAACAUUUUCAAGGAUGCAAUAGACAGCAACAAAAACUAUGCUAAACUAUUUCAAGAACGCAGAGAAGAAAAGAAAAUGUCCCUUGACACAGAUAAGAAAAAGCAUAAGGAGAAGAUUCAGAAAGAAGUGGAGCAGCAGAGGUCUGUACAAAAGGAGCAUGAAAGACUCAGAGCGGAGAUCAUAAGAAUAAAGGAGGAGUUGGAUUGUCUGGAAAAGAAGAAUGACCAUCUAAAACAGCAAACUGAGGUCUCCACAGCAGUGCCUGAGAAGAAGGUUGUAUUUAAAGGAAAGACAGAAGAAGGUGCACAUGCUCUGAGUUUUGACGUGAGUCCCCGCAUAGUGUAUCCAAUGGAGGGUGGAACAGCGCUUAUCACCUUUGAGGAUGUGGGAGUGGCUAUGAAGAUUUUAAGCAUGAAGGAGCAUUCUGUGCAGCUUGGGGAAUGUGUCAUUAAUGUGCAGGUUAAACCAGUUCAGUUUUUGGUUCCCGGUUAUAUUGAGAUGGACACACAGGUUUGCCCACGAAGAAUCUUAGUCUCUAACCUGCCAAGUAAAUUAUCAGAGGACAAACUACUCGACAAACUGGAGAUUCAUUUCUCUAAGACUAGGAAUGGAGGCGGCGAGGUGGAGGAAAUAGACAUGUUGCAUGAUUCUGGCACGGUGGUUGUUACCUUUGUAGAUGAUAGUGUUGCCAAAGGUCUGACAGACCAACAGGAUCACAAGGUUGACAUUGCGAAAAACCAGAAGCACAAGGUGAAAGUCACUCCAUUCCUCAAUGGAGAGAUUUCACAGCUUCACACCAGAGACUCGGUGUGCCUGCGCACAGUUCAGCUUACCGCCAUCCCUGCCAUUAUGGAGCAAGACAAUCUGCAGGACCACCUGGAGAUCCACUUCCAGAAGGCAGCCAAUGGUGGCGGUGAGGUGGAGAGCAUCAUUUACAACCCUAUGGGCCACACCACCCUUGCCGUAUUUGUGGAGGACUCCGUUGAAGUUUCUUAUUAAUUCAUAUGCUAUUAAAAAAAUAUGCAUUUGCUCAUGAAAAAUGUAUAGUUUCAAUGCAAGGAUUUUUCAACCCUGCAUGAAUUUAAAUCUACCAAAACAUUUACCAUGUUCACUGACAAAAAAAAUCUCAAAUAAACUUAAAUGUGCCAAAACUGA